AGGAUCGAGGCGCGCCGAGGAAGUAGCUUGCGAAUCUCUGGCGAGACUCAUGAAAAUAUACUGCAAAAAGUGUUCUAAGUUUGGCUAGGCAGUCUACGCGGUCCUCUAACGGCUUCGCUCGUUCGAUGCGCUGAAAAGAUUCGUCACAGGAUAUACAGGAACUUCGACCUGCAGCAUCCGAUACCUUAGCGAUGAUGUCUUCACUCGUGGCCGACUACGGUUCUUCGGCCUCCGAGUCUGAAGGAAACGCUGAAAGUAGCGAAAGUUCUGACGAGAAUAGUGAUGAGGACCAGAGUAAGAAGCAGCCCGAGAAAAACGACCGGCCGAAGCUACCCGUGCCAUCGUUCCAGUCUACCAAACUGGGUUCAUCUUCGGUCUUCAGCAAUCCUUUCCGUGAAGAGGAGGACGCGCAGUCGUCGAUCCUGGAAAGGCACGUCAAAAUGACGACACCCGUGAGCCAGCAGACCACUGUCAAUGGGAAGCAGAUUUGCUGGAACUACAGAAAGGGACGAUGUCGCUUCGGCCACAACUGCAAGUAUGUCCACGAUAGCGAUGUCGUGGGCCUAUCGGGCUCCACGCAAGACCCAGAACCUGCCGAGCCAGAAGUUGUGGCUACAUCAGCCGCUGCACCCUGCAAGGUUGGAAAUGAAGGGACUUCUCAGAAGCACAAGAAAAAAAGACCAGGGUUGUCAGACAGUGUGGUUCCCUCAAAAAAAGCCAUGAAAUUUUACCACAAAACUCAAGGCAAAUCAUAGUCAGCUGCACGCUACCUUGUGCAAAAGAGAAAAGGUAUACCAAGAGAUGUGCUUAAAGUGUUAUGCAAGUUUGCCUUUGCAAAAAGAUUAUGCGAGAGGCGUGCUUUUGUAAAUACUGCUAUACACAUGUGCGUAUUCGCUCGUAGAGCUGCGAGUGCACAUUUUUUUUUACUGCACAGAUAAAUAUAAAUAGUGAGAAUUUUAGCUUAACAUCUUUUUUUUUUUGUCACACAUUUUGUAAAAUAAAUAUCAUUUUGCCACACCAGU